AUGGCGGGUUCGAUUGUUCGGGCGACUUUCACUUCCUUCUUCGAAAAUUGGCUUAUUUCACAACAAAUCCAUCUCGAAGAUCUUCAAUUCCUUUCGGAAUCGACCAAUAAAGAUGAAGAAGAAUGCAAAGAUUUGGUGGCAAAAGUUUUAUCCCAUUACCAAGAAUAUUACCAAGAGAAAACCAAAUUAGUCAAUUCCGAUGUUUUUGUGUGCUUUUCUCCGCCAUGGCUGACCUCUUUCGAGCGCAGUUUGCUUUGGAUUUCCGGGUUUAAACCCUCUAUGGUUUUCCCACUGGUGAAGAACUCAGUGGGAGAAUUUUUAUCAGAUGAACAAUCCCGCAGGAUUGAAUUGGUGAGGGCUGAAAUUACAAGAGGAGAAAGAGACAUGGAACAAGCCAUGGCGAGAAUUCAAGAGAGUUUGGCUGAGCCACCAAUUUUUUAUCUUAUGAAGAAAACGGGAAAAUUGGUAGAUGGUGAAGUACCUGAGUUUGAUACUGCAAUGGAUGAUUUGAAGAAAUCAUUGGCUGAGAUUAUAGGUGAUGCUGAUGAUCUUCGUGCAUCAGUGGUGAGGAAGAUUGUGGAGAUUCUAAGCCCAGUGCAGAGUGUCAAGAUCUUGGCUGCUGCUGCUGAGUUCAACUUCAAGCAAGAAAAUUGGGUUUGCAGAAAGAAUCAACGGCUACAAAUUAAUCUGCAUGAUCAUUGA